AUGGAGAAUCUUAACUUAGCCCUUGUUUCUUCCCCUAAACCUCUACUUCUGGGACAUUCCUCCUCAAAAAACGUCUUCACAAGAAGAAAGCCUUUCGCUUUUGGGACUUUUCGCGUUUCUGCUAACUCUUCAUCCUCUCAUGUCACCAGGGCUGCUUCUAAAUCUCACCAAAAUCUAAAAUCUGGUUCUGAGUCACCCUCUUCUUCAUUUGGAUUGCAAUUGGUAUCGUCUAUGGCAUCAUUCUGUUGCUCGUGUCCGAGUGAGUCCAUGCCUGUUCUUAUGCUGCUAACGGAGUGCCUUAAGUAUCUUCCACAUGAGACCUCUGAAGACUAUAGGAAAUUAGUAUUUGUUGUAGAACAUAUGGUGGAGGCGUAUAUAGUGGUACUUAAGUCUCUGGCCGGAGAGAAAUUGCUGAUUGCCGAGGUUCAACUACAUGCUGUUGAAUUCCUGGGAACAGUUCUGUCUCUGUUGACGUGUCUUCAGUGGCACUCUGGUGGUUAUGAGCCCAUAAUUGAACUCUCAAGGCGAUUGUGUUCUGUUCAGAAAGAUCUCGGUUUGCAAUGGGAGCCUGAUUAUGAUGCUAAACCCAGCUUUACACAGAUCUUGGUAAUCUCAUCUAUUGGGUUGAUAUUUUUCAUAGCAUUGCGUUAUCAUCUCAAAAAGAUUCGAGAUCAAAAGAUCAUUCCGCGUUUAAGAUUAUCGCGUGCAGGUCACCCCCCAAAGCUUGAAAGAUUCUCUCAUUACGUAGCUAGGCAAAUGGGGUUCAAGGAUAGGAGAAUCGAAGUUAUCGCCUUCAUCGAUAUAAUUUCAAUAUGGUGGCAGGUUAUUGGUGGAGCAGUGAUAGUUAUAAUGUUACCUCUAGUGGCACUAACUACACAAUCAGCUUCAUAUGUAUUCACAAACUUUGAAUUAGCACCUAAUACAACAGGAAUAUCAAGCAAACCGUAUGCGGUGAUUCUAUCGUUUCUUGUGAGCCAAUAUUCCCUCUAUGGAUACGAUGCUGCAGCGCAUCUAACCGAAGAAACUAAAGGCGCAGACAAGAACGGACCUAUUGCAAUACUAGGUAGUCUUGCCAUCAUUUCAGUAUUUGGUUGGGCUUAUAUCUUGGCACUCACAUUCAGCAUUCAGGAUUUCGCUUAUCUUUAUGAUCCAAACAAUGAGACUGCUGGAGCAUUUGUGCCAGCACAGAUAUUGUAUGAUGCAUUCCAUGGAAGAUAUCACAAUUCUGCAGGAGCAAUAGUUCUACUAUUUAUAAUUUGGGGUUCUUUCUUCUUUGGUGGACUUUCAAUCACCACAAGCGCUGCCAGAGUCGUUUAUGCACUGUCAAGAGAUAAGGGAGUGCCGUUUUCGUUCCUAUGGCGAAAAUUGCAUCCAAAGCACAAGGUUCCUACAAAUGCUGUAUGGCUAUGUGCAGCAAUAUGCAUUCUUCUUGGUCUACCAAUAUUGAAGGUGAAUGUGGUAUUUACUGCAAUAACUUCAAUAUGCACAAUUGGUUGGGUUGGUGGUUAUGCAGUUCCAAUAUUUGCAAGAAUGGUAAUGCCUGAGAAGAAUUUCAAGGCUGGACCAUUUUAUUUGGGAAAGGCAAGAAGACCAAUUUGUUACAUUGCAAUCCACACAAUGAUUGAAGAAGCUGAAGCACAGUGUGCUUUGUUGAACUCUGAAUCAUUAUGCGAUGGAUGUUUCAGUUCAGAUUCAGAUAUAUUUCUCUUUGGUGCAAGGACAGUGUACAGGGAAAUCUGCCUUGAUGGAUAUAUCCUUCCAUGUAUAGCCGAAAGGGAUUUACGACGAUUUGCCAAUUUGCGAUCAACUUCGUCUGAACUUGGGUUGAACCUUCCUUUACAUGAGGGAUUGGAAUCACCCGCUGAUGGUAGACGUUCAUCUGAGUCUAGCUACCGUAUUGGAGAUAAUGGAACUUCAGGGGGGACAAAUUAG